AUGCAGAGUCGUGUACAUGUGGCCGUGUCCAGCAUCCAGUCAUUUCUGCGGGCACAUGCCACCCUCCAUAUGAUGGCCAGCAAUCGCGGAGUUGGCCUGUUGAUUGUGAUUACAGCUCUCAUGUUCUUGCCGCUGGAGUUCACCCAGUUGGCCUUCGCCGUCGCCGGGGCCUGCGCCUACACCUUCGUGCAGCACGUGCAGGAGCACGGCUCCUUCUGGCUUGCCAAGGACGUGGCUCCUCAGAAGGUCUCGCACCACAAGUCGAGCCAGAAGAAGGUGCGGCAGCCUGCUACGCCCAAGCCCAAUCUUCCUCCUGCCCCGAAGCCGAGCCCACGCCAGGCUCCGACGUCAAGCCUGUGGCCGCCAGUGCUCAGUGGCCAGUGCUGGGAGUCCGACGUGUCGGAGCUGCUCGGACAAAUCUCGCCCAAUGCCGAGAGUGAAGACACCGUCUCCCGCCUUGUGGACGCUGUGCGUGAGACCAUUCUGCCCAUCUUCCCCGACCUGGACGCCUGCGGUUUCGUCCACGGCAACCUCCGCUCCGGCCGGGCCUUCCGUGUGGCCGUGCCCGACGUUGAGAUCGUGCUCUCCGUGAGCCCCGAGAAGCUGCGCCAGAAGCUGCAGAAUCGAAUCGCCACCGAAAGGAAGAUGGACACCCGCCAACUCGAGAAGGCAGCGAUCCGCAUGGUGGCCGAGGCCCUGGUGGCCUCUUGCGGCUUCAAGUUCCGGCGUUCGGCCUUCCGAGGGGAGGAGCCGAAACUGACGUUGCUGGCGCCCGCCAGCUUCGGGCCCUUUGCGGACGCCAUCCCCCUGGACAUCUCGGUGAAUGCAGAGACGCCCCUCUACAAUGCUGCGCUACUGGCAGAAUGCGGACAGCUGGACCCCCGAGCAAAGCAGCUGAUACUCCUGGUGCGGCGCUGGGCCAAAGACCGCGGCAUCUGCCAUGCUGCGAAGGGCUAUCUAUCGCCCUAUCACUGGAGCUUGCUGGUGAUCUUCUUCCUUCAGGUGCGGCGCACGUCCGAGGAGUCACAUGUGCUGCCCCCAUUGCAGCACUUCCGGGCAUUCUGUGACCUGACCUCCUCGUCACCGAAGCUUGAGCGAGCCGCGCGCACAUCCGCCAAGGCUGGCGGAGAUCACACCUCGCAGCUGUUGACGGAGUUCAUGCACUUCUACCGCAACUUUGACUGGAGGAAUGAGAUGAUCAACACCAUCGAGGGCGAGCGCGGCCCGCCUACCGUGUUCGAGGCGCCGGGGUCCUUCGCGCCGCCCCUGUAUCUCCAGGACCCCUUUCGGCCGCUCUGCAACCUCGGGGACCGCUGUUCGGAAGCAAGCUUCCAGCGCAUUCGGGACGAGCUGCAGCGGGCCAGCGGCCUCUGCACAGCGCAGUCUGAGUUGAAGCACCUCUUCGAGCCCUGGGCACCCAGCAACGGUGCCAACUACGAUGACCGCGAUUGA